GCAGUUGCUGCUUGCGAGUGCGGAGGAGAGGCACGACAGACCACCGGAGUUUUUCGAAGAAAAUCAUACAAAAGAAACAUGGCUAGAGGUUUGAAGAAACAUAUGAAGAGGCUCAAUGCCCCUAAACAUUGGAUGCUUGAUAAACUGGGUGGUGCUUUUGCUCCUAAGCCUUCGUCGGGCCCCCAUAAAUCCAGGGAAUGCUUGCCUUUAAUUCUCAUUCUUCGAAAUAGGUUGAAAUAUGCUUUGACUUACCGUGAGGUCAUAUCUAUUUUGAUGCAACGUCAUGUACUUGUUGACAACAAGGUCAGGACUGACAAGACUUACCCUGCUGGUUUCAUGGAUGUUGUUUCAAUUCCCAAAACCAAUGAAAACUUUCGUAUUCUUUAUGAUACAAAAGGUAGAUUCAGGCUGCACUCGAUCAGGGAUGAAGAGUCAAAGUUCAAGCUGUGCAAGGUUCGUUCUGUUCAGUUUGGGCAGAAGGGCAUUCCUUCCAUAAACACCUAUGAUGGCAGGACUAUCCGCUACCCUGACCCUCUCAUCAAGGCUAAUGACACCAUAAAACUUGACUUGGACUCUAGCAAGAUUGUCGAUUUCAUCAAGUUUGAUGUCGGAAAUGUUGUGAUGGUUACAGGUGGAAGAAACACAGGCCGUGUAGGAAUCCUUAAGAAUAGGGAAAAACAUAAGGGUAGUUUUGAGACUGUACACAUCCAAGAUUCCACCGGUCAUGAGUUUGCUACCCGUUUGGGCAACGUUUUUACUCUCGGAAAGGGUACAAAGCCAUGGGUGUCUCUUCCUAAGGGAAAGGGUAUUAAGUUGACCAUCAUUGAGGAGGCUAGGAAGAGGCAGGCUGCCUUAACUGCCAGUGCCUAGAUUGGAAAAUUGAUGGGUUUUUUAUAGCUUAUAUUACAGUAUCUGAAGUUAACUUGUUUUGUUUAGCAUUUUUGGGUAUAUUUUGAAGGUUAAAUUGGUUUUUGAAACAAUGGAUUUUGCUGAAUGUAGGCCAUCUCUUUUUGUUUAGUAUGUUGCCAUUUGUUCUAUGUAUUUGAUGUCUGUGUGGGUAUGAUUAGGACUAUAAAAAACAGUCAAUCUCUGUAUCAAUGGUUCUAAAGGGCCUUUUGAUUUGACAAUUUCUUUU